UCAACCUGGAAUAAUGGACAUCCAUCAUCCCACGUUGCGACGACAACAACAACAACGACAGCGACGACAGAGGACAGACAAGACACACCCUGCCAAAGCGUCACAUUGGAGCAUCCACUGGACUCUCGUGGAUAUAACUUAUUCUUCCCCGUUAUCUGCUUCUAUCUGUUGCAAUGCCAUUCGUCUAAUUGUCAUCUCCACGAUUCUCAGUACAGCCCUGCUGAAUGUAAACUCCCAUGUCCACACCGGGCCUGGACAAACGAAUUGGCCAGCUUGCGAGGGCCAGAGAAUCCAUGAGGAUACCAUUGGAGAGAGUUUAGCCAUGGUAUAGUGGUUUGCUUGCUACCUCACAUGCCAUGACCCGUUGAGAGUGUUGGCUAUGGGCAAAUUCUCCUACAUCAUGACAUGGAAAGGGUUUCGCCUUGGCGGCACUGAUGACCACGAUUCGCAACUGCAACAAUCCCUUAGUCCUGGACCUGUUCCUGUGCGUCACAGUGAACAGAUUCCCCGUUCACCUCUCACAAUGGGUCAGCUAAUCCCACGUUUUUCGGAGUCGACUGCAAAUUCGCCGCUGGUCGGAGAAUCCAAGGUCGUGGAACCCUCCUCCCCACCACCUGACGAGCCUCCAGCAGCUUCCAGAAGCACAUCAGAUCACAAUGCCAAACAACAAAUGACCCUACGCAACAGAUUCAGCUUGAUGCGCUUUAGACAUGCGUCCGAUCCCCAACUGUCUGCCUCAUAUAACGAGGCUGGAACCCCCCCUCCAGUGCCUUCGUUACCCCCUCCGCCUACAAUCAUCACUACAUCACCGACGCUUCCCAUCCAGAAACCUGCUCCGAAACGAAAGAGCAGGUUCAAGCCGAGCUCGGAGAAACCUGUUUCGGAACGUGCGGCAACUAUGCCCGGAAACUAUAACCAUACGCCAAACAAUUCCAAUGCCUCAAACGGAAGUUCGGUUCGACAAUUUGCUGGAGUGGAUAACUGGCCAACCGCCCCUUCAAGCCUCAGAGCUUCUCACCUAAGUUUUGAAGAACCUGGGAGGCUCUCAACGACCUCGAUACGGAGCGGGGGGCCUGUCCGUGCACAUGGCGAUGGUGGUCUAUUACCUGGUGCGAGACUUUCAGAAUCUUCUAGGUCAGACGGUAGCUCUGCUGAGUAUGGGGUGUAUUCGAAAAAUGGCGCUUCUGCUAGCACCAGCUCUCUUUUCCGACUACCGCGGCUGAAACGCAGCAAAGGUCCACUAUUCCCGUUACCCGUAAAAUUGCCGCCUCAAGGGCAAGCCUCGCAGUCAUCGGAAUUCAACAGGCCUCAGACUGGCGGCGGGAAGAAACCUCACAGUUCCACUGAUCAUAAUGGUGAACAUGCACCUUCGCUGCCCUCGCUUCCUUCGCCAUCCCAGUCUUCGUUGGGUUUUGGAACGCCAGGCACUUCAUCCCCGGGCACGGUUUUGUUCCGAAAAGACUCGAUCGCGUCUGCGCACUCUGCAAGGUCAUCCACUUUCCCUAAUGCGCCGGGUCGAAUUUCACGGAGGCGGAGGUCAUCGACGAUGGGCUCCCUUCCCGAUAUUCAAGAUGAUCCACAUCAUUCGUCACCCAAUCUUGCUCCAUCCAGCAGGACUCCAACGAAUACCGGUGGACGGAGGAGCUUUGGUGACUUUUUCGCUAUUCCAUCCCGGUUUAAACAUAGCCAUGAUCAAAACGGGACAGGCAACGCCUCUCCAAGUUUUGGGGCACCCGCCACCCCUGCAUCAAUCGCAUCAAAAUCUAAUUCGUUCUCCCUCGGACGGGACUCGGCUUCAUGCCCAGUCAGGGAAGACAAUGACACGCCAGCCGCCUAUCUUUCACGGUUGGAAGGGGCCGUUCGUCGUAGUACGAUUGCCAGCAUCCUAUCACAAUCUGCUGAGGAAUUUUACGCGACAGCUUUAAGGAAGUAUAUGCGUGGUUUUUCAUUUUUCGGCGACCCUAUUGAUAUGGCAAUCCGCAAGCUCCUUAUGGAAGUCGAGCUGCCAAAAGAGACGCAGCAAAUUGAUCGAGUCGUCCAAAGCUUUGCGGAUCGUUAUCACGAGUGCAAUCCAGGCAUAUAUUCCUCAACAGAACAAGCUUAUUUCAUCGCCUUUUCCCUGUUGAUCUUGCAUACAGACGUCUUCAACAAAAACAAUAAGAGGAAAAUGCAGAAGCCAGACUAUGUUCGGAACACGCAAGGAGAAGGGAUAGCUGUAGAAAUACUUGAAUGCUUCUACGAAAACAUAAUAUACACACCAUUCAUCCACGUCGAAGAUGAGCUAAACCUAAGCAGACUCAUGGCCCCGAAAACACGCAAACCUUUGCUCAAAGUUGCCAGCGCAGAUAACCUGCCGAGCUUUUCCCGCGAUCCGAUUGACCCGUAUGCUCUAAUAUUAGACGGCAAACUAGGUUCGCUCCGGCCCAAUCUCAAGGAUGUCAUGGAAUUGGAAGACCCGUAUAGCUCAUUCGCAGCUGGCCAAACUCCUGAUAUGGAUGCUCUGCACCACACAUUCCAUAAAUCCUCGGUGUUGCAGAUUGUUUCCGCCAGGUCCCGGCCUGAUGCCUUUUUGACCACGAGUAGCAUUGCAAAUCCUUCAGAAUCACAUCCUGGCCUUGUGGAUAUUAGGGUUGCUAAAGUUGGUCUGCUGUGGCGAAAGGAUCCUAAGAAAAAGAAAACUAGGUCACCUUGGCAGGAAUGGGGAGCUGUACUCACGGGUUCGCAACUAUAUUUUUUCCGAGAUAUCCAGUGGGUGAAAUCUUUGAUUGCUCAAUGUGAAUCGCUCGACAAAUACGGUCGGCGCCGUGCUGUCAUCUUCAAACCUCCUAUUACGGACUUUAAACCUGACGCCGUCAUGUCAACUCACGAUGCUGUCGCAUUAUUGGAUUCUAGCUAUAAGAAACAUAAACACGCGUUCCUUCUAGUCCGCCAUGGUGGCUUCGAAGAGGUAUUUCUCGCCAAUAGUGAGGCCGAGAUGCAUGACUGGAUUGUGACGCUCAACUACGCGGCGACCUUCCGAACGACAGGGGUCAGAAUGCGAGGAAUGAUUGGGGCUAAUUAUGAAGGUCAGCGAGACAGAAGGUCAACUCGUGCGGAUUCUACAACUUCAGAAAUGUCAAAUGUCCCGCCCCCUGGGCCAACAGCGAUCAAUCGUAAAAUUGACCCUGGGUUAAUCGAAGAAGUUUCAGUGGCACGUCGGGAAUUGAUGUCACAAAGAAUCAAGGAGGCAAGCGACAAAUUGUCUGUUGCUCAAAAGGAGCUUGAUGAUUUAUUAAGAAAUGCGCGCCACCUCCAGGUUUUGACGCCAAUUCAUCCUAGAGCGAGAGAUCAGGUUAUCCUAGCCGCUGGGAGAAUAUCGGCAAAAAUCAAGUGGGCCAGAUUAGAGAUCUCGCGAACGAGGUGUCACAGAGAGAUGCUUUCACUUGACCUGUCAGUCGAAGAACGUCUGUGUCUUGAGAAGCAUAAUCUUGAUCCUCUGUAUUCUUUGUCACAGCCACCCUCCACCCAACAGGCUCAGCAGAAACUGGACUCGGUUUCGAGUCAUGGUCCUAGAUCCCCCACAAGUGAUAGUUCCUUUGGACCUGCCCGACCUGUCACCCCAGUAUCCCUGGACGGUGGCGUAGAUCGACAAGCCCAAACUGUCUCUCCACGGCAAAGGCGACCUAGUGUACAGAAGUCAGUGGCCACUUCGGAAACAAGUCCAAUGCAAAAGAAACAUACAGUGUCGAGUUCGAAGGAGGAUUCCUUACUUCCUUCGUUUGCCGACCCUAGCGGGAACUCAUCACUUCGUCAACCGUCCGUCAAUACCUCUGUGCACAGCAACAAGGCUGAUGAUUCAAGUUGUGCAAUUACGUCAUCUGGUCGCUCGACCCCUGUACCUAGCGUCGUGGAUGAUGAAGAAGAGCGUUUCCUACGGGAAGCUGGAAUCCUUACCAACAACCCUUCACCCCUUACACCGAAGUCCGUUGACCUUUUGAAUGAUGGCGAUAUGGACAAGCUCCCGGAAGAAUCUACUUCCAUUGAGCACCGGGGCAAGGUCCGUCGAAGUUUACAUCGAAGUCUUCGGGAAGCCCACCACAUUCCUCAUCACCAUCGGAGUAAGAAAGGAAGAGAACCAGCCAGCAGCAUUGCAGGGACUGACGAUGGUUCCUCCAUUGCUGAAAGCGAAAGCCUUAGCCGGGGGACCGGCAGCUUCACUCUACAUGGUAAAAAAGCAUCUGUUGUCAAUUUCGGGUCGGAAUGGCAGAAUAUGUCUCACGAGCAGCGUUUAAAGCUGCGAAAGCCAAUGCAACAUGAGGAUUCUAGGGGCUCUGACACGUUGAAUGUCGGCGACGGUGCUGAGUCGCUCAUUUCGGACUCUUCGUUUAGUAGGCGGCCAAAUUCUCUCAGAUCAAUUAGCACAGCGACUGCCAGGAGCCUGAAGAAUCAAACCACAUCGCCUGGAGUGCCUGCUGAGACUCCCGAGGGGGCCAUCUCCUUCAAUGAGGCGCAUGAGUCGACUUUUACUGGAACUCAUCCGAAUGCAAUUGAUCCUGUUGUUGAGGAAGAGAGUGAUACUACUCGGCCUAGCCCUGACCAACAAUCCCCAGCCACUCAGAUCCCGCCAGCCGAUCAGGAUCAGGAUGGCAAAGACACGAAGGAGAUUUCAAUCAGCCCAGACAACCAUCUUAGCGCUGCAGGACUGGAAUCUUCGUCUCCUCUCAAACAAAAUGGCAGCUCAGGCCAUAGCGAUGUGUCGCAGGAGAAGCUUAACUACAUCGCUCACGAGCAAGUCGUUAGCGCAUGAAUGGCUGCCUUUGAUCUCUUUUCAUUCCUCUCCGUCGAUCUUGAUGGAUAUAUGAAGAUAUCCUCCUACUUUUGCCAUUGCCACCCCUCAUCUUCUUAUUCUAGCACCUCUGUUCGCCCUACUAUACCCCUCCACCAAACAUUUCUUUUUGCUCCUUUUUUCUUCCCCUCUCGCAUUACUCCUCCUCUUCUUCGAUAUCCGGCUUGAAGACCAUUUUAACUUUGUUUCUUAAUACUUAGACUUGAUUAGACUUGAUUACGAGAUGAUUGAUCAUGAUAGUUCUUUUUUUUUUCUUUUUUUUUCUCUUUUUUCUUUCUUUCUUUCUUCCUUUCUUUUUUUUUUUUCGGUGCCUACUUCACGUUGAAUCCAUCCUCCAUCCUCCACCAUCCCUCGUCCGUUCCCGCCUUCUCAUCUUUCCAUCAGGCGACAUUAAAUAUUCAAGAACUAUACAUAUUUCUUUGUUGUUCAAUCUACACUAACCGCAUACCAUUUUUCAUUCGAGAUAAAAGCCGGCAGAUUCUGUAACUGUCCAUGACUUGAGUCAGGUCUAUUUAGGCUCUGAGUGUCAUUUUUUUUUUUUUUUUUUUUUUUUUUUUUUAAAGCUUCAUGUUACUUACAUUUCUUUUUCAUUCCCCUGUAUUUUUCACCUGUCUAGUUCGGUCUGUCCGCAUCUCACUUUCUCACCUUCACCUCUUAUGCUUAUCUUACUUACAACGAAAAAAUACUCGGUUCAAUGGUAGGGAAUAAACAAUGCAGAUUGCUCCUUUUUAUGUACAUAUUUAUAUGGUAUUUUUUUUUUCGCUCCCUCUCGCCAUAAAUUAACUUACCUUGUGAACUUCAUUUCCAAUUCAUUUUCUCUUUUUAUCAUUUGGAUGCAUAGGUUGAUGGAUAUGUCAUACAGUAGAGCUAAUUAGUAUACAAAAUACAGUGUUAUAUGAGUAUGUGCAUAAAAGGGCGCUUGUUGUUGAAUAUUCGUGCAGGAGUCAAGAAUGACAUCAUCGGUUUUUUAG